AUAUCUUUUAAUUGAUACCAAUUAUCCAAUGUAAUAAGACGUCAUUACUUAUUUUUUAUUUUAAACAGAACACUUGCCACAAGAUUAUUUUUUUUUCAAAACAAUAACGUUACGGUUUAUUAUGUUAUUAAGACAACUAUAACGUGGUACACGAAUAUAGUAGUAGAAUAUUAAAAGAGAAAAACAAAUACUGCACUGGUGAAGAUUUUUUUUAAAUUAAGGAAUGAAGGAACCAAAAGAAUUGUAUUCAAUUUAUAUAGAGUCAUUUUCUAAUUUUCUAAAUUCUUUAUUUCCAGGACUUUCUUGUAUUAUUCUUCCAUGUGUCUUUAAAAUUUUGGAAGCAUCAUGGGAAAACAAAAUGGAUUCACAAAAAAAAAAAAAAAUUUUAAAUCAGUGUUGUUUAAUAUAUGAGACAUAUCUUCAAGAUCAUUGCGUUCCUAUCUUUGUUAAAGAUAGGUUGCCAUGUUUAGCUACAAAACAAUGCGACGGAGAAACGAUCAACACCACGUGUUCCACGUCGGGUUCGACAGAAUGUACGACAUUGUUUUCAAAAUAUCGUGUGGAAUGCGCACGCCAUCAAAUAAAUCCUUGGUAUGUGUUCAGAAAAGAACAACAAAUUAUUCAAGUCGAUGUGUUCCAUCACAAAGUUCUUCAGAAGCUUUGUAUUCCACAAACAUUGGGACAUGCGUUGUUAGAAUCGAGUUCAUCACGUCAAUUAUGUGAUGCACUGGAAAAGAAAUGCUACGAAUCAUUUCUUUAUCCUCAUUAUAAGAGUAAUUUACCGAAUGCACGCUGUUCUUGUUCUGUAAACACAGAUACUGAGGUAUCUUUAACGAUGAAUAACAACGGAGUGUUACAACAAUGUUUAUCUAAAAAACCUUGCGAUGAAAAUGUUUUGUUGCAAACACUUUAUAUAGUGGUGUCCUUAGAACUUGUGAAGGUGCUAAAUUUUUGGUAAGAAACUCUCUUUUUCAGUGUCCCAGCGAAAUACCAUUGUUAGGUUUGAAAACGCUCUUCGAGAGAUUUUUGAGUGCUGUAAAAUCUUGUCGUUGGAAGGUUGAAUGGGACGUUGGGAAAAUCAACGAGAAUCGUUUACUAUGCCAACUUUAUGGUCAUUUAACAUUAAAAUUAAGUUACUUUGAAAAUGGUAAAAUUUUCGCCACGCAUUCGAACGAGUGUGCACGAUCGCUCGAAUUCGCUUUUCCAGUGGAUGGAUAUUGAAAGAAUAGUGGAAGAUAUUAUCAAAUGUAUUAUAGAAGAACACUACAUUUUUUUUCAUAAAAUUGAACAAUUUUACAAAGCGUUACAUACACAUGUACUGAAACAUGUCAAACGUGUUGUGGCGUUCCACCAAAGAAAAUUUGAUUGGAAACAACCUAAUGAUACAAUACCGUACAAUGUGAUGUGUCAUUUAUUAAAAAAAUGAGGCAUGUGCGUUCAAAAAAUGUAAAGUACAUGUUUUUUUCUUGGACGACGUAUGACUUGAUCAAAAAAAUUACUGUGACACAAAUAGAGAACAGUAAAGACGAUUCUGUCAAAUCGUUUUGUAACUCUUUGUUUUCACACAAACACACAUACACACACGUGCGCGUACCUGUCACACCCCACACAAAGACAAAGGUCGAAAUGGAGAAAGCGUCUUCGUCUUCAAUUUCUCUGAUAAAAAAAAGGGUUGCGUAUUUUUAUGAUUCCGAGAUAGGAAGUUACUAUUACGGGCCAGGUCACCCGAUGAAGCCUCAACGGGUUAGAAUGACGCAUGCUUUAUUAAAGGGUUAUGAAUUGUAUCGUUUAAUGGAUGUAAUUAAACCGCAUCGUGCAAGUGAAAGUGAACUCACGUUUUUUCAUGAUAAUGAUUAUGUGAAUUUCCUAGCUGUAGUAACAGCGGAAAAUGCUAAAGAAUUUCUUAACCACACAAAGCGCUUUAAUAUUGGGGAUCAAACAGAUUGUCCUGUUUUUCCAGGUUUAUUUGAAUUCCAGCAAUCUUGUGCAGGUGCAUCUAUAGAUGCAGCCGCUCGACUGAAUGCGGGAAAAGCAGACAUUUGCAUAAAUUGGUCAGGGGGAUUACAUCAUGCAAAGCGUGCAGAAGCUUCAGGAUUUUGUUAUAUUAAUGACAUUGUUUUGUGUAUCUUGGAACUCUUAAAAUAUCAUCCCCGUGUAAUGUAUAUUGAUAUUGAUAUUCAUCAUGGAGAUGGAGUAGAAGAAGCUUUUUAUACAACACAUCGCGUGAUGACAGUGUCGUUCCAUAAGUUUGGAGAUUUUUUUCCAGGAACAGGAGAUAUCACAGAUGUCGGAGGUGCAGCAGGAAAGUAUUAUGCCAUUAAUGUUCCAUUGAAUGAUGGAAUUCAAGAUGAACAGUAUUUGGAUUUAUUUAAACCAAUUAUAUCUAAAGCAGUGGAAGUUUAUCGACCGGGAGCUAUUGUGUUACAGUGUGGAGCAGAUUCAGUCUAUGGCGAUCGUUUGGGGAAAUUCUCUUUAAGCAUUAAAGGACAUGCUGAGUGUGUUAAACAUGUGGAAUCUUUUCAUAUACCCCUUGUCGUUUUGGGAGGUGGAGGUUACACAAUUCGUAAUGUUGCGAGAACAUGGGCAUAUGAAACGUCUGUUUUACUGGAUCAAAAUGUUCCUAAUAAUUUACCAUUUAACGAUUAUUAUGAUUACUAUGGACCUGAAUAUACUCUGCACGUACCUGUUGUAUCAGACACUAAUUGUAAUUCUAAAGAUCACUUACAAGCAAUUAAACAACGUGUUCUAGAGAAUUUAAGUCGCUUAGAGCAUGCUCCAGGAGUCGAGUUCGCCUAUGUUCCUCCUGACUUUUUUCAUAAUGUCGAAGACGAUCCUGAUGAAACAGAACAGUAUCAGAUUCAAUAUGAAGGAGGUGGUGAAGCAGCUUCCUCAAAUGAAUCCAUAAUCAAAACAGAUGCUCGUAAACAAAGAACAUGUGAAGCUUUAUCUUAUUUACGACCAAAAGAGAAAGCAACUGUUCAUCAAAUACAGUCCGCUGAGCAUGCAUGUGAAUUUUAUGACACUUUAGGUGACUCGACAUUUAAAGCAAAACAAUUUGAAAAUUUCAUCAAUUUACAACCGGGAGUUGCUUAUCAUGAUGAUGUAUUAAAUCCAGAACAUAAUAAAGAUUGGUAGAUUACUUUUAGAUUAAAUCCAAUGUGUUGAUAAGAAAAAAUCACAAAAUAACAAAAGUAGCGACACGCAUAAAUAAUACCAAAUCAAGUAAAAACGAUACCUGAAAAGAAGAUAUUUUUUCGUGUAUAAAAAAGAAUUUAGAAAACUAACGUAUUUUUUGAACCAUCGUUUAAUUUUUUCAA